CUGUCAUCCUAGCGUUGAUAAAAAUUUGCUUUAAAACGUAAACAAUAUAUUUACCUCUUAAAUAAUGGCUGAUGAGGUUAUUGUGGAUGCACUGCCGUAUAUAGAUCAUGGCUACGACGAUGCGGGCGUUAGAGAAUCAGCGCUUGCAAUGGUGGAAGAGGAAUGCCGGCGCUAUCGACCUACAAAGAACUACCUAGAUCAUUUGCCACUGCCUGCGACGAAUCCGUUUGAAACCCCACUUAUGAUAAACGAAUUCGAACGCAUUUCCAAUCGGCAGCCUAUGGAAACAUUGUCCAUGAAGCGUUAUGAACUGCCACCACCUCCUUCCGGCAAGCUGUCCGAAGUUUCCGCAUGGCAGGAGUCCAUUGAUAAUUCUAUGGCACAGCUAGAGCAUCAGUGGGUGCGCUCGCUCAAUCUGGAACUAAUGCUGGACUACGGUACCGAAGCCUGGAAAUCUUAUCUGGAAGUUUUCACAGCCAUGCAGGCUAAGGCACAGCUGCAGCUACAGAAGCUGAAAAAGGAUAUACAAGAUGUCAACUGGCAACGAAAGCAAGCUCAGACGGUGGCUGGCGAAAGACUACGUUCAUUGGAAGCACACUGGGUCAUGCUUGUGUCCAAAAACUAUGAGAUUGAAAACGAAUGUGCAGAGUUAGAGAAAGUGGUGCAAGCGGCACGCGAGCAGAUUUUGCAGCUAAGUCCACCAGAUAAUCCAACGACAGAGCAAAUUAUGGAGCACAAUGGACAUGAAUCCAAUGACCAAGAGAGCAAUGGCAAUGACAACGGCGACGGUGAAAGUGUUGAGGACGAGCAACAGGGUGAAUCCUCAAACGACUCAUAGUAGUGUUAGCUUGAUAAUUAUUAUUUGUACAAUUUUAAAUACAUAAAUUAAUAUACAUUGAAUCGUA